UGAGUACUGCAGUUAUGAAGAACACCGCAAAACGGCAAUGUGCCUCGUGGAACAUGGAGCAUUAUUAAUAAAAGACAACGUAAUGUACAUAUACAAAUAAGAAUGCAUCAUCAAAAGGAUACCAGUCAAUGGCUUUAAUACAACAACUGUAUAUCAGGAGGCACUACUACUAGAAACAUUUCAUGUGUUUAAAACAAACAUGAGAAAUAUCAAAUCUAAAAAAAAAUAAAAAUAUGUAAUACCGGUACCCUACAAAUAUUUUUUUUUUAUUAUUAUUUUGUACCAAUAAAUUUAGUGAUAACAAAUUAUCGUAAAAUUAUCUUGAUGCUAAUAGUGUUGCUGUAUACUUUGAAAAUAUUAUUUUGCUAUAUUUUAUGAAUAUUAUUAUUAAAUUAAAAUGUAUUUAUUAAUUUUGAUUUGGAUUCUUUACACUAAUUGGAAUGUUUAAUUAUUCUUUUCAUCAUAUUCAAUUUGAAACUGUCAUCGAAUGUAAUACAACUUUUGUGUACUCGUGUCUGUUAUUGCAGAAAGGAAAGACGCCUCUUGAUUUGUAUGAUAAGAAUAAAUGUUUUAAAUACGGCGGUCGAUCGAUCAGACGUGAGAAGAAGGAAGAACUGAAAAAGAUACUUUUAGCCAUGACACUUCCUGCACAAAUUAAAGCCAGAGGAAAAGAUGCAGUUACUGCCUUCGUCAAUGAAAUUGAAAAAGGUGAAAUGACGUUGGUAAAUAGCAGAGUGAUGUUUCUAGGAAAGGAAGGGGCUGGUAAAACCAGCCUUGUAAAUUCCAUUCUUGGAAAACAAUUCAAUAAAAACGAACCAUCAACAAAUGGUAUUGUAACAACAACGGUAUUUCAAACUGGUGAAGACUGCAGCAAGUGGGAGGAACAUAAGGAUGUAGACGUGUGUGAAUUAACCAAGCAAAUACGAGAGUAUAAUAUAGCAGAACAUAUUGCAAGGAAGUUGGAAUCACCAGAAAGCCAGGAAACCACAUCUAUGUCCGUAUCACCCAGUUCUGCAGCAUCUCCAAUGGUAACAUCAAAGGAAGCUAGAAGUCUAACUUCAGAGGAAAGAGAAACUUCUGAUGUGUUUCAGAGCGCUGCAAACGUAUCGUUCGAUAGACUCCCAGAAGAAAUUGUUAAAAAAGUUGUUGCUAAACUUAAUCCUAAACCAAAACGCAGCCUUUUUAAAAGACUCGUUAAGAAAAUAACGAGAAAGAAGACUACUGACAAAAUACCGAGUGAUGUAACAUGUAUAUGGGAUUAUGCAGGCCAAAUCUCAUAUUAUAUAACUCACAGGUUUUUCUUGACAGAUGGAUCGUCAUAUGUCGUUGUUUUUAGUUUGUUUGAGCCUUUGAAUGAAUUGGCAAAAUCAAGAGGUUCACUGAAAGAUCAGUUUGAAAUGACUAAUCUCCAAAUGAUUAUUUUCUGGAUACGGUCAAUAUAUGAGCACGCUGUACUAAAAUAUAAUGCAAGUACGAAAUUGAUAAAUGACACGAUAGCCUCACCCACAAUCAGUUUGGUUGGCACUCACAAAGACAAAUUAAAGGGAAGUAAGAAGGAUAAAAAGAUUCAGAUUGAAGCAAUUUUCAAAAUAAUAUUUGAAGAAAUCAAAGGGAGGCCAUUCGAACCUCACGUAGACAGAAAGAUGUAUGCUGUAGAUAAUACAUCAGCAAAUGACAAAGGGAUUGAAGAAUUAAAGAAAAAUCUCGGAGGUUACACAAAGCAAAUGGCAAAAACAGUUCCCACAAAAUGGGUUGAUUUCCAGUCGAAAAUCCAAGAAGUCGGGAAAACAACACUGCGCAUGUCCUUAGACGAGGUCACUGAGAUUGCUAAUGAUUGUGGAAUUCCGAACGACAACAUUAUCCACAUUCUCAACUAUUUAAGUGAUUGUGGAAUCAUUAUGUAUUCGCCAACUAACAUCAACUUGAAGAACACUGUGAUUACUAACGUCCUCAUGUUGAUUGAAGUCUUCACGAAAGUCAUCACAACAGAAGAUCAGAGACCUGUCGUGAUGGCGUCAAGGCAUCUACUUGAUAAAGGCGUUCUGAGUGAGGCAUUGUUACGUCGUCUGUGGAAACAUGAGUUAGAGGAAGACGACAGCAACUUUGAAGUUUUUAUAGAACUGAUGAAGGUUUUUGGACUGCUCUUUGAGAAACAAAAAUGGUGGCGCCAGAACAUGGAAGUUGAGAAAGACAAAAAGGAGAUGGUAUCAAUUUACGUGACUCCAACGGACUUCCUCCCUGAUGCUGUCUACAGUGUAUUAGUCGUUGCCUUUGUCGACUUGAUCAAAAAGAAAGGUGGAAGCGAUGAUCCAAAAUUGUUUCGGAACCGUAGCGACUUCGACUUUGAUGAUGAUCACUUAGUGAGUCUGGGAGCCGUCAAAAUCAAGAACAUGCAUGCAUUGAAGCUUGAAAUAACACAUCGGAUUGAUGAAUAUGCAAAAGGUGAACAUGAAAUAUCAGAACCGCACCCGAGUGCCUGUAUGGAGGUAUUAAACUAUCUCAAGCAUCAACUGAAGACUGUGUAUGGUACAACAGUAGGAAUCGGUUACGAGUUACGUGUCUUGUGCAGCGUAUGUCAUCCCACGCAGCCACCUCAUUUACAUACUCUUGAGAAAUGUUUAGAAAACGACAGUGUUUCAUGUGGAAAGUAUAAAAUGAAUACAUCUCGUUUUAAGGUCUUGUUUCAAGAAGAUAUUCAAGAUGCAUCCUUGUCUAAGGAUCUACCUCAUAGGCCCAUGUUCACAGAUUCCACACAUGUAGAGCGGAUGCCAGAAAUGUCAGGUAUGCAGUUCAAUGCUUUUAAAAUGGUUGUCUCAAACUGGUAUGAUGAAAACAGAUGUCUUAGUAUGUUGAAAGUGUUGUUCAGAGGUAUGAUGGACAAUGUGAAACUAGCAGAAAUAAAUAAUACGAUAGACUUGCUGAAUGAAUUGGUUGUACGUGGUGAGCUGAGUGCAGAGGAUCCUACUCUACUGUAUGACACCAUCAGAAUAACUGGACAUUUUGCUCUUCAAAAGAAGAUCCAAGAAACACUGCCAUCAUUCCCGGAUGUUAAAGAAGGAACCAUUUCAACAAGUUUCAUUCCACACAGACAAAAACUAAUGAAAUUGGGGAAGACUUUAACUGCAGAUAACGUGGCGCAGAUCGACGGAUUGUAUAAUACACCUCGUAAGAG